AACUAAGUGAUUAUCAACUCUCUCCUCAGUUUGGGGACUCGCUGUCUGAACCUUCUGGGCUUCCAGCAGUUUGUGGGCGACAGUGAGAUGACGUCUGACCUGAUCGACGAGGGCAAGGAGCUGAUCCGCCGAGAGAAAAGGAAGAGGCAAAGGAUUGAAGAUGGCGAGAACAGACGCAGAGAGUGGAAGGAGCGCUACGGAAACCAGAGAGAAGACUACACGGCGAGGAACAGGGGGAGUCACGAAAUGAAGGAGACCAGUUACUCUGACACAGUGGCGGCCAGCAACAACAGACAGGCUAAAUAUUCUCGCUCUGGGAGUCGGUCGGAGAGAGACUGCAUCGAGCUGCUGCAGGACGCCGAACCGUUAGACUUCAACGCCGAGACUCUGACAGACGACCCUCUGGAGGCCGAGCCCGGCAGACACGCAGGGGGACGAUAUCUGUCCAUGUCGUCGUCUCGGAGCCGAAUAUUCGACGACGUCUGACGGCAAGAAUAAAUCUGAAGCGGAGCCAAUCUCCCAGGAUGCAUGGUAAUUAAAAACAGGUCACACUUAUCCGGGGAGUCUUCUGGAAACAUCUUUGCAUCAGGUUUCACGUCCAGCUUGGCUGCAGGAGAAUCAAGGCACUUUUGAAGGAAUAUUAAUGCUAUAAAAGUUACAUAACCUCUCCGAUAUGAAUGCAGACAGACGCUGAAUGAGUUUGCGCUGCAUGUCAUGACGGCAUGAGUCUGCAGCGGCUGCAUGUCGACACGUCACUUUAACAGAAGCUUCAAUGAAGGUCCAUGAAGUAGUUUAUUUAUACGUUGUAGAUUUAUGUAUCUGUCUGUUGAUAAAGCCGGUUUAUACCGGAUCGAUGUCUGCAUCUGAUGGGCUGCUGGUUUCAUCUGAACUUGAUCUGAAUGUCUCGACUCAUUUAAUCCUGAUCACGUGAGAAAUCUUUAUUUGUAAUAAUCAGAAUCUUAAAAUCAACUGGAUGUAAUCACUACUGAAUAUUUAAUGUUGUGAAAA